UCUGUUAUCGAUAUCCAAAUUCUCUCUCUGGCGCAUUUAAUUUUAAAAGAGCUCUUUUAAUAAAACUACUGUUUUUGUAGCUAACUAAACAUAAUGUACCGAAAAUUUAAGAAACGAAACAAUGCCCUAGCAGGACUUAAUACAAUUGACGAGAAUGCAACUAUUAAAAUACCGCGGGGUUCGUCUGCUAAACAAACAGAUGCCACAAUCGAGACAUUGGCCGUCGAAAGUGAAGAGGAAAAUAUACCAGCUUCGCAGGAGCAAACACAACGUUUUCUAUCGCAACAUAGCAUAGCAUUGGCCGCUACAUUGGGGCGCACGCAGUCUUCAUCGCGAAUGAACAGUUCCCGCCAACCGAAUAGCUUCUUUGAAAUGGUGCUGAUGAACGCUGGUGUGCAAUUGGACCAAACGGACACAUUCGUGCUGUCUUGCGAUCAUAUUGCUAUUGUUUCUAAGCUACGUGAUAUAUUGGUGCAGUCUACGAAGUAUCCGGAAAACAUUGAGACAUUUAAAACUGGGCUAAAUGCGGCUCUAGCGCCCAAAUCAAAACUGGCCCAGAAACUGCUAAGUGGCUGCACCAUAGACACAGCCGGCGAAGAUCAGGUUUAUCAGUCACAGAACAGCAUGUUUAUCAACUUUCUGAUGAUUGACUUUCUACGGGAGCCCUGCCUGUCAGUACUUUUCAACAAAAUCGAAGAGCUGGCCAAGCAGGAGCGAGUGCAAACGGUGCCUGGUUGCCUGCCACUAUUACCAAUGAUGCUUGCCCAAUUACGUUAUCUUACUCUGUCGCAUAGUGAUCAGAUUUUUUCCCAUAUUGAGCGCAUAUUCAACAAUGCUUCAGAGUCGUCAAAGAUGGAUAUCAUAAGCAGCGCUGAGUUUUUAUUAGACGCCAGUAAACACGACGAGUUUGUCGAGUUGCUCACUAUUAACUAUUCGAGCAGCAAAGAUCUUUUCCAUUUGACAACGCUGCAAAUGUUAAGCAAUUUGACGCUAAAUGCCAGGACUCAAGGAAAAUUGCGGGAGCGUAUUCUAGAGUUUGUCAAGGACGAUAGCAGCUGCUCGCAUGUGACACUGCCGCAUCUCAUACGCCUAUUGCUAAAUAGUCUCAAUCAGGACACCGACGAUGUUGUUCGUGAGCUGGUCUCCACACUGCGUGAAAUCUUUAACUGGCGUCAUAGAAUGCAAGGCGAAAACUUUCAGGAGUUGGCCAUUCCUGCUGCCGGUGACAAGCAAUCACAAUUGGAACUCUUUGGUUUUCUGCAACAAGGUCUUAAGCGGUCUAAGCGUUUUUAUCAAAUGUGGCAGCGUACUAUUAGUGGAUUGGCAGCCAGUGAAUUUAAAUCAUUUGAUUUUAUAAUGCUACUGAUACUUAUACACAUCAACGAGGAUAAUACUUUAUUUAUUGAGAAUCUUUUUCGCCGACGUAUUAAACUAGAGCAUAUAACAGUUAACAUAUUAGAUGAAAUAAAAAUCCAUUAUUCGCAUAUUUUGGAGCAACAUAUUAACUCACUGAUGCACCUGCUCCACGACUUUAUGCGGGAAAAGAAUCGCAUUGUAGCCGACUUCGCCAAAGCGGCCUACAGCAUACUCUUUAAGAUCUGCAACUCAAUACAGAAAAGCAUACUGAAGAAACUGCUGGAGCUGACAUUUGACAAGUCUGCACAGCAUGUGACCACCACAUUGACAUUGCUGCGUGAGCUGCAGCGCAAGAAUGGAAAGCAUAUACAGAACUGUGCCAUGUUGUUACUGCCAUUGCUCGAUCGCCUAAGCGAUUUGACCCUGCCACAAACACGUCUCGCCAUGGACUUGCUAUGCCACGUUGCAUUUCCUGAACCCAAAUUGCCUGAGUGUGCCCCACUGCAGGAUCAAAUCGAAAUGGUUGUAAAGAAACAGCAAAUAAAUCGGACUGAAUAUGUGAAAAGGCAGGGCAUAAUUGGUUGCGUACAGCUAAUUGAUGCCAUUGCGCGCAUUGAAACCACGCUUAUCAAUAACGAGGACUUGCAAACCAGCGUGGACAGCAUCACUUCAUUGCCUGAUGGUCGCAGCAAGCAGGCAGCUAACCUGAUUAUGCUCACCCAGUCAGCUAUAUGUAAUUCACCCGAAUUACUGGCACUGUUUUACGAUGAACUGGCCAGCGUACUAACUGUGCGCUACUAUAACGCAGAGUCUAUUUAUAUGCUCGACAAUCAGUUUCUUAUGUGGCUCUGUGAGCUAAUGACCUAUCGCUUUCAGCAAAGCUUUGUGAAUGAUCAUCAGCCCAAGACAGUCAACGGCAUACGGCUGGAGUGCCAGAAGAACAUUAAUGAAUUGGACGAAACGAAUGUUAAUACCGAAUCAGCUGUACUAGAUAUAGGGAUUAAUAUAUCUGAAUUGGUUUUGAGUCCAAAUGGAAUCGCCAGCGAUUCUAUUUUUGUGCUAGCGCCGCUCUUUCACUUGGUCAGCGUGCUGCACAAUCAACGCUAUCAGUACAGUCUGGAAUUGGUAAAUGCACUCCAAGGCUGUGCCAUUGUGCUGCCCACGUUUUUUGAUGAUCCUAAUUAUUUGGCCAUCUUUGAUAAUUAUGAUGAAGAGACACAAAAGCGCAUAUUGCACAUUUACUAUCACACGAUCAAUUGGAUGCGUGUUACGACCUGCGCUUUUGCCUCCCAAAAGCAUGAAGCCACACGCAAACGGGUUCUAAAGCGUCUCGCCGAUUUGAUUUGCACAGAGCAAAGAUUGAAGUCACUUUUGACUCAUGCUCCUGUUGGUUUUGCGCCACCGCCCUGCCAGUUUCUUAACAUUGUUAAACAGGGCGCUCCCCAGCAAGUUACGCGCGAAAAAAGACCUACGACUAGUAAGGGCAAGGCAAAUAAGGUUAAUAACGAAACGAUCACGGAGGAACCGCAGAGCAUGGACCAAUCAAAAUUGGGUGAUUUCAGCAUCAAGUUGGGUAAUUGCAAAUCCAUUAAAUGCAAAAUCAAUUUUGAACAGCUAUAUGGACCCAUGGAAAGCUUUAGACAGCUUGAUGUGGGUAUAAUAGUGUUGCUGAAAGAACAACCCUUCAGCUUGAAUUACCCACUGGAAGACGAAGAAGUGGGUACACAUUUGGGCGUGUUGGAAUUGCGUUUUAUACUAACAGAUUUGGUACAUAAAUUGGAUACUAUUAUUAACGGAUGCCAAGACGUUACCGAAGCUGGCACGUUAAGAUCGCAUGUGGCCAAGCCAGAGCAUUUUAUGUCUGAUUUAGAAAAAUGUUUAGGUGAAAUCCAUCUGCGUUUAAUAGCGCUCGCGGCACACAUUGAUGAGGAGCUAGAAAAGGUCAAUAAUGUCCACAGCAAUUUGGAUCUGUUCAAGGAUCGAUUUAAUUAUGUUAAAACCUGCUUUGGCUUAUGCAUUCACUUGCUUGCAUUGUAUUUCUCAUGGAAUGAGUGGAGUGACAAGUCCAAAAUCGCGUUGCUAGAGUCUUCAUUAAAUUCACUGAUGCCCCCUGGCCAGCGCAAGGCAGCGAAAAAACCAUCCAUAGCACGCAUUGCCUCCCAGAUCUUUGAUUAUUUCUGCAAAUACGAAAAAUCGGUGCUAGUACUUGGCACUGCCGUGCAGCUUCACCAUUUGCUGCGCAGCUUGCGUAAAUUGAGUUGUUCCGGCGAGAAUGCAGUUCAGCGCAGCAAUCAGCAGGCCGAGGAUAUACGAAAAUAUUGUACCAAUAUGCUGAGACGCAAAUGGUACCACUACACUGGUGGCUUGGAAAAGGGAGCACAAUGUAACGUUCAUCUCGACAAGCUUAUUAAAGGCUUUCUUAAGGACACAUCAUUUGAACGUCAGAAGGAUAUUUUAUUUGCCCUUAAAGAGGAGUGCCUGCUUCUAAAUAAAAAAGACUUGUCUUUAGAAUCGAUUCCCAAUAUUAAAAAGCCUAACUUUCCCCUAUUGUUUCGUGGGCUAUGCGAGAUUAUUAUCAGCACAUUGAAUUCCCAAUGUAGUAGUCCCGCUGAAAACGAUCGCUUCAAGCUCUGGGAAUCAACUAUAUGUCUCCUUAAUGGCCUUUUGGAAAUUGUCCAGACUGUGGAACAGCCGCGCAAUUUUGGCUUAUUCUUAAAGCAUUCGCAAUUGUUCCUGAAACUGUUCCUACAACAUGGUGUGUCCGUUCUUGAGACGAUUGUGCGCGAUAGUCCCGAACGGUUAACCAAAUUUUUUCACGAGCUACAGAAUGUAACCAAGUUUUUGCACAAUCUCUGUUGCCAUUCGAAGUCAAUAAAGAAUACUGCCAUUAUUAGCUACAUUCCUAGCCUACGUGAAACGCUGGAAACACUGGUGUUUCGUAUAAAAGCGUUGCUGGCGGCCAACAAAUGUCAUGCCGCCUUUCAUAUCAGUAUUUUGGAUAAUAAGGAUUUGCAUGGCGAUGCAAUUGUGACUCCCAGGGGAUCACUUAUCAACGCAACUAAUAGCGAUGAAGAAAUCCCCGAAGAUGACGUCAGCGUUGAUGAAACUUAUAUAAAUGAUGAUGAGGGCAGCACUCUUCUGGAUAGUUCUUCGCGACGCAGCGCAAAUAGUCGCAGCAGCAAAUCAAAUUCACGCAGUAAAUGUUUUUAAAAAUCAUUGUAUGUUGUAAACAAGACAAAUAUAUAUAUAUAAUCUCUAAUUAUGUUGA